GGAGGAAGCUAGCAUGUGGGGCAUGGAAUAACGUAUGGAUAUGGACCACGAUAAAGAGGAUAAGGAAGAGGAGGAGGGUUUCAGUUGGGAAGAACCAGGAGAGGAUGAUUGGACUGCACCACUUCUAUCACCAUCACAUCAUCAGAGUAGACCCACAGCCAGUAACUCUGCUAGCCCCUCACAAAUAAAAACACAGCCCAAUGGGUUCAGGAUGCGGAGGCUGCUGCGCUGGCAUGGACUCAGCAGGACUGUGAACCGCCGCACUCGCUUGGCCCUGCAUUGGAGGACAUGGUGCCAGCGGGCUAAAUGGGCUGGGACUUUGGGCCUGGGGUACAGGCGAGCUAGGACUAGGAUGUGGCACCGCAGGAACAGACAUCUCCACAGCAGACUGAAGCCAGGAAGAUCCCGUCUGAAUGGGGGAUCUCAAGGCUGCUUUCAGGAAAGGGAAGAUAUAGAGGCGGGAGAUGACUCUUGGGCAUGUGGGACUAAUGGACUCAUAGGGAAUGAGGUGGCGAGCAAUGCAGCCAAGGUUGGGGACAGGGACGGGCUGGGCUUCCAUGAAUCACCUAUAGGCCUGCCAACCAUCCACAAGGAUAAACCUCCUCCUCAGCAGCAACUCAGCAGUGAACACAUCUCCUGUGUACAAGGUAUGUUGAAUGAAUUCCUGCAGCAGUACGGGAGCAUGAUCCCUAUCCAUGUGGAUGAGGUGGUGGACAAGCUACAGGACAUCUUCCCCAGCAAGAGCUUCUCCGAUCCACACAGGAAAGUGGUUGUGCAGCACCUCAUCCAGUCUUACCAGCGUCUGUCUGGGACUGCCAUGGUGAGGGGGUUCUGUGUCAACUACAAGCGACAUGCCCUCACAAUGGAUGACCUCAGCACGUUGUAUGGACAGAACUGGCUCAAUGACCAGAUCAUGAACAUGUAUGGGGAUUUGGUUAUGGACACAGUCCCAGAAGAGGUUCAUUUUUUCAACAGCUUUUUUUACGACAAGUUGAGGACAAAGGGCUAUGACGGGGUCAAACGGUGGACAAAAAAUGUGAACAUUUUCCAGAAGAGGCUACUGUUGAUCCCUAUCCAUCUGGAGGUGCACUGGUCUCUGGUGUGUGUGGAUGUCCCACAGCGCGCCAUCACAUACUUCGACUCCCAGCGCACCCUCAACCGCCGCUGCCCAAAGCACAUUGCAAAAUACUUACAGGCUGAGGCAAUCAAGAAAGAGCAGAAGGAUUUUAUCACAGGGUGGAAGGGUUUCUUCAAAAUGAACGUGGGCAGGCAGAACAAUGACAGCGACUGCGGAGCAUUUGUCCUUCAGUACUGUAAGUACCUAGCCUUGGAGCAGCCGUUCAGUUUUGGCCAGCUGGACAUGCCAAAGCUGAGGAGACUCAUGUACAAAGAGUUGUGUCAUUGCAAGCUCUCACUGUGAGCUUGAAUGAAACAACUAUCACAGAACGAAAGAAGACGAAGACUAUUCACCCUUCCCUUCCCCCAACUCUCUAGGCAGAUAUUUUUUUUAACAAGAUGGACAUUGUUGCAUUUUUUUCUUUCUCACACCCACUCACUCUUUAUAUCUGUUUAUUUUCCCUUUUGAUUUAAGUAAACAGUACUGUACUCUCCUAUGAAAUCCCAUGAGGACACUAAAUUGUACUCCUGAGUGGCGCAGUGGUCUAAGGCACUGCAUCGCAGUGCAAACUGUGCCACUAGAGAUC